GCAAUUGGAGAGGAAGCACUGAUUUCACCAAGAUGUCUGUGAAACAUGUUUCAGUUCUGCUGUUGCUGCUACAGCUGAGUUGCUGCUUCAGAACUGGGAGCUGUGGAAAGGUGCUGGUGUGGCCCAUGGACUUCAGUCUCUGGAUGAAUUUAAAUGUAAUCCUGGAUGAACUUGUCCGGAGAGGUCAUGAGGUGAUUGUUCUGAGAAAUUCAGCUUCCAUUUUCAUUGAUCCAAGCAAACAAGCUAAUAUUAAAUUUGAAACUUUUCCUAUUGCUGCCACCAAAGAUGACCUGGAAGAUUUAUUUGUACACUAUGUUAGUACAUGGACAAAUGCACGCCAGAACUCACAAUGGAAAUAUUUUUCACGACUGCAAAAGCUCUUUUCAGAAUAUUCUGACAGUUGUGAAAAUGCCUGUAAAGAAGUAGUUUUCAACAAGACACUCAUGACAAAGCUACAAGAGUCAAGAUUUGACAUCCUUCUAUCAGAUGCUAUUGGUCCUUGUGGUGAGCUGCUGGCCGAGCUGCUUAAAAUACCCUUUGUGUACAGUCUCCGCUUCACUCCCGGCUACACUAUGGAAAAAUACAGUGGAGGACUUUCAGUUCCUCCUUCCUAUGUUCCUAUUAUUCUUUCUGAUUUAAGUGGGAAAAUGACAUUCAUGGAGAGGGUAAACAAUAUGCUAUGUAUGCUUUAUUUUGACUUCUGGUUUCAAAUGUUUAAUAAGAAGAGGUGGGACCAAUUUUAUAGUGAAGUACUAGGAAGACCUGUUACAUUCUCAGAGCUAGUGGGGAAAGCUGACAUGUGGCUCAUUCGAAGCUACUGGGACUUGGAGUUUCCUCGCCCAACCUUACCAAAUAUUCAAUUUGUUGGAGGGCUCCACUGCAAACCUGCCAAACCUCUGCCCAAGGAAAUGGAAGACUUUGUGCAGAGCUCUGGAGAAGAGGGAGUUGUGGUGUUUUCCCUGGGGUCCAUGGUCAGCAACAUGACAGAAGAAAGGGCCAAUUUGAUUGCAUCGGCCUUUGCCCAGCUUCCACAAAAGGUUAUAUGGAGAUUUGAUGGCCAGAAACCAGAAACAUUAGGACCCAACACUCGGAUCUAUGACUGGAUCCCCCAGAAUGAUCUUCUUGGUCAUCCAAAAACCAAAGCCUUUGUAACUCAUGGUGGAGCCAAUGGCAUCUAUGAGGCAAUCCACCAUGGCAUCCCUAUGGUGGGACUUCCUUUGUUUGGGGAGCAACCUGAUAAUAUUGCCCACAUGACGGCCAAGGGGGCAGCCAUUAGGCUGAACUGGAAAACAAUGUCAAGUGAAGAUUUGCUCAAUGCCUUGAAGACAGUCAUCAAUGACCCCUCCUAUAAAGAGAAUGUCAUGACAUUAUCCAGUAUUCACCAUGAUCAGCCCAUGAAGCCCCUGGAUCGAGCAGUCUUCUGGAUCGAGUAUGUCAUACGGCACAAAGGAGCAAAACACCUUAGGGUUGCAGCCCACGACCUCACCUGGUUCCAGUACCACUCUUUGGAUGUGGUUGGGUUCCUGGUGUCCUGUGCAGCACUUCUGAUUUUUCUUGUCAUAAAGAGUUAUUUGUUUGUCUAUCAAAAGCUUGUUAAGAUAGGAAAGAAGCAGAAGAGGGAUUAGAGCUCUUUCACACCUGUGGGUGUCAGAGAAAUCAGACUGCUCCAUUUAAUUCAAGCACUUUGGAUCAAGAUGUGACAAGAUUGGCACAUUUUUUUGAGAAUUGUGCCUUUUAGAUUAUUCCAUAUAUUUAAUUGUUGAUUCACCAUUAAGGAAUAUACAAGUCUAAUUCCAGAUAUCCAUAUGCAGUUCUACUUUAAUGCUGAAUCAGGCAGAAUAUCAUAAAUCAGAAAAAAACAAAAAAAAAAUUAGAUCCUUUAAAGUCAGGGUAUUCGAGAAGGGCAAGAAGCAUGAAUAUUUCAUGUGCAUAUUCAGAAAUACCUCUAUUUAAUUAAAAAAAAAUCAUGUGUACCAUAUGUGUCUGUGUCAAAUAAACAGAGUGAGAUCCUUGUUAA